AUGGGGUCCCCCAGCUCCUCGGGGGACAUUUAUGAGAACCCCAACCCAGGGGCCUUACGGAGACACAGCCACAACAGCAGGCAGAAGUCGUCUACCCCAUCAGAGGCCCGGCUGGCCAAGCUGGAAGGGACGGGCGAGAGGCCAACCAGGCAGGGACGAGAUGGCUGCCUGGCCCUGCAGGGUGGGGGGUCUACCGGCCUGGAGCCCGUCUUCCCCGCGCCGGCGCGCCUGCCGGGCAGCCUGGGGCAGCUGCGACCCUGGAAAAAGGCAGCCUCCCCCAAGAGGCCGCCGUCCCAGACCGCACAGCCCGGGACAGAACCCUGCCGAGGAGGGGGGCGCAUCCACGAACCCCGCGUCCCCUCUGUCCCCCGCGUCCCCUGGCCCACCCUGACCUGGCUGUGCUCUGUCUCCCCGCCAGGGUGCUGUGUGGAACUGUUGCUGCUGCUGCUGGCCGGGGAGCUGCCCCUGGGCGGCGGCUGCCCGCGGGACUGCGUGUGCUACCCGGCACCCAUGACGGUCAGCUGCCAGGCGCACAACUUCGCCGCCAUCCCCGAGGGCAUCCCGGAGGACAGCGAACGCAUCUUCCUGCAGAACAACCGCAUCACGCUCCUCCAGCAGGGCCACUUCAGCCCCGCCAUGGUCACCCUGUGGAUCUACUCCAACAACAUCACCUACAUUGACCCCAACACCUUUGAGGGCUUCGUGCACCUGGAGGAGCUGGACCUUGGCGACAACCGGCAGCUGCGGACGCUGGCCCCGGAGACCUUCCAGGGCCUGGUGAAGCUCCACGCCCUCUACCUCUACAAGUGUGGGCUCAGUGCCCUGCCCGCAGGCAUAUUCAGUGGCCUGCACAGCCUGCAGUACCUCUACCUGCAGGACAAUCACAUCGAGUACCUCCAGGACGACAUCUUUGUGGACCUGGUCAACCUCAGCCACCUGUUUCUCCAUGGCAACAAGCUGUGGAGCCUGGGCCAGGACACCUUCCGGGGGCUGGUGAACCUGGACCGCCUCCUGCUGCACGAGAACCAGCUGCAGUGGGUCCACCACAAGGCUUUCCACGACCUCCGCAGGCUGACCACCCUCUUUCUCUUCAACAACAGUCUCUCUGAGCUGCAGGGCGACUGCCUGGCGCCCCUGGCAGCCCUGGAGUUCCUGCGCCUCAACGGGAACGCUUGGGACUGUGGCUGCCGGGCGCACUCCCUGUGGGAAUGGCUGCGGAGGUUCCGCGGCUCCAGCUCCGCCGUCCCCUGCGCGGCCCCCGAGUCACGGCAAGGCCAGGACCUGAAGCUGCUGAGGGCCGAGGACUUCCGGAACUGCACGGGGCCGGCGUCCCCGCACCAGAUCAAGUCGCACACGCUCACCACCACCGACAGGGCCGCCCGCAAGGAACACUACCCGCCCCACGGCCCCGCCAGGGACAAGGGCCACCCGCAUGGCCAUCUGCCAGGCGCCCGGCCGGGCUCCAGGAAGCCGGGCAAGAACUGCACCAGCCACAGGAAUCGCAACCAGGUGUCCAAGGCGGGCGCCGGGAAGCAGGCCCACGAGCUGCCGGACUACGCCCCUGACUACCAGCACAAGUUCAGCUUCGACAUCAUGCCCACCGCGCGGCCCAAGAGGAAGGGCAAGUGUGCCCGCAGGACCCCCAUCCGCGCCCCCAGCGGGGUGCAGCAGGCCUCCGCGGGCAGUUCCCUGGGAGCCUCGCUCCUGGCCUGGAUACUGGGGCUGGUGGUCACUCUCCGCUGAGGACCUGGGCCGCCGGCACCCAGCACUGCCAAUGUCCACCAAGGAACAGAAUUUCUUUUCUUUUUUUUAACAAGUGGAGGAUCUGCUGGGUUUCAGGCAAAGGCUGCUAAAGUCUUUGGCUGCUGUCUGGGCCCUGCCGGUGGAUUAUAAACCCAAAGUGUACAGCCCCAAGUGGGAAGGGAUUAGCGCAUCACACCCUGCUGUCCCAGCCAGGCCCAGCCGAGCGCCCACGGACAGCAUCCAUCCAGCAAGGCGGUUAAAGGCACGCAAAACGAAUCCUUCAUGAGUAACCAUGGGACAGUGCCCCACAGGAGCUGGGCUCUGUGGAAUCCUGGUCAUUGGAGAGGUCUGCAGGGCCCCCCGCCACUCCUAGAGAAAGCAGGACUCAGAGGAGAGCAGACGAGGCUCACCCAAGGGGCUGGGUCGACCAGCUGUCUGGGAGCACAGGAGCAGGAGGCAUUUAGGUUCUUGCCUGAGGCCACAUAGUCAGCCUGCCCUAAAUCCAACCCUCAGUCCCUCCCUCGGGGGGAAGGCCUCUUUCCUGAUGUCUCAGGCUACCCUGGCAGACCCAGGCCCAGCUGCUGGGCUCCAAGAACCAAUUACCAAAGGAAAGAUCAUCAGAGGCUGAAAUUUAGAACUGCAUCAAGUGCAGUGAGGCUCUCACAAGAGGUGCAGUUUUAUAACUACGUCCACUUAUAUAUAUACACACUCUCUACAUAUAUAUACACACAAGCGCACAGGCCCCCCGCCCCACUCCCCUACCAGACUGUAUGUCUUCUCAUGUUUAUAAACUAUAUGGAAAACUAUUAUCUGUUGAACUAAGGAUCGUACUGGUGAUUUCUAGCAAGAAAAGAGUUAUAGGAUUUUUGUCUAGAAUCCCAACCUGGCAACGAUAGUCACCGUGUACCCUGGGCUUGCCAGGGCCCAGGGCAAAGGAUCAGUGGGAAGGGUCAGGGAGAAAGGGAGGCAGCAAGAAUCACUUCAGGGGACCAAUCUUCUUAGAUGUUUAGAGCAUCACUUUGUUUUUAUAUGCAACCCAAGCCCGGCUGCCGCCCCAGAACACCCCAUAACCCCCACCAUACUAGCUGUUGUCGUCAGGGUGAGAAGCGAGAAGCAGCUCAUUGGACAUCAGGGAGCCAGGCCCUGGGGCCGGGCUUGAUGGAGAAGGGGAAGGAGGGACUUUGGGUCUCUUUUGCCGACGGGCAGGCAGCAUCCACAGUGUUAGCCCAACAGGCUGGGCGGUGUCGUCAGCCUAGUGUGUUGCCAGCGACGGUCUGGACAGGCCAGGGAGACUCCGGGCAUGAGCCCAGGCCUCCAGCCUGGCUCAGCUGCUGAAGUUUUCCUUGAGGCUCUUUGACGGCCAUCCCAGUGAGAGUCCUGUGUAGGUGGCAAGAAGGAAAGCAUCAGGUGGCCUUAGCAGAAGGGGGACAAAUAGGGCAUUUCAAGAACCAUCUCAGGCACUUCUGUGUGACAGAGGCCCCGUCCCUCCUGGCCCUUCUGAAGUUGCCCGGGGACGGGCAGGGGUUGGGGGGCCAGACUCAGGGGUCAGGAGCGGGGACGUGCAGGGAGUGGAGCAGGCAAGCCCAAAUAAGGGACAAUGGCUCCGGUCAAGUCCGGCCAUGCUGCCGGCCAGGGCCAGGAGGCGCAAUCUCCUUUGAGCUUUGCACAAACCUGAAUUCCCCACCAGAGCAGAUGUGUGUGAGGAACAAGAAACACUGAAUCCAAUUAAGAGAGAAAAAUAGUAAUAAUAAAAACACUUCUC